AUGUAUUAUACAUUACUGCAAACAACACCAAAAAUUCGUUCAUUAGCUAAAUUACUUGCAACAAAUUCAUGUAUAACUGGUUUCCCACUUAAUCUAUUAAAUUUUAUUGAUACUGUCAUUAUAUAUUAUGCCGAUGCUAAUAUCAUCAAUGAAAAUCAACGACAACCAGAUUCUUUUUGUGUUCUCAGAGGUAGUUUUCGCUCUGCUACUGUUAGCGCUAUGUAUCAUUCAUUAUGUUACAUUUAUAUAAAAAUUAUUAUUUAUCUUCGUCAUCACAGUAUAAUGGAGUAUUUUCGUCGACAACAACCAAUUCAUAUGUUACGUUACAUUAUUUAUAUGCUUGUUAUUCUUAGUACAACUGGUAUUUCAUUACGAAUGAUUCUUUUUCUGACUCAUAUUAAUCAUAGAUUAGUACCAUAUUAUGCACAAAAACUAAGCAUGAUAUUUGUUACAUUUUCACAUGCAAGUGUCAUGACUGAUAGCUUCUUUUAA